GGCACAGGCGGUCUCUCCCCCCUCCGCCGGCCUUCCAAUCCGCGCCUGCUGCCUGCCUGCCAGCCAGCCAGCCUGGAAGCCAGUCCCGGGAAGGGCAGGGAAGGGAGCCGGUCCGCUGCAGCCAGCCUGGACAGCCGGCCCGAGGAGCAGCCCCAGCCGAGAGCAGCCGCCCCCACCCUGCCUCCCUCCCUCCCCGUCGUCCGUCUCGCGCCUUCCAUCUCCCGCGCCUCCGUGCCCAGAAAGCCGUCGCCAAGUUGCGGGGAGGGCGAGCGCCAAGGCCCCCGCGCACAAUGGAGGUACCUCGGCUGGACCACCACCGGAGCAGCCCCUCCAGCCCCUGCGAGGAUGUCAUUAAGAACCUCAGCCUGGAGGCCAUUCAGCUCUGCGAGAGGGACGGGAACAAAUCGCAAGACAGCGGAAUUGCAGAGAUGGAAGAGCUCCCGGUGCCCCACAACAUCAAAAUCAGCAACAUCACCUGCGACUCCUUCAAGAUCUCGUGGGACAUGGAUUCCAAAUCCAAGGAACGCAUCACACACUACUUCAUUGAUCUAAAUAAAAAAGAGAACAAGAAUUCCAACAAAUUUAAGCACAAGGAUGUGCCCACGAAGCUCGUUGCAAAAGCUGUCCCUCUGCCCAUGACAGUCCGCGGCCACUGGUUCCUGAGCCCAAGGACCGAGUACACAGUAGCAGUACAGACCGCAUCGAAACAAGUGGACGGGGAUUACAUGGUUUCGGAAUGGAGUGAAAUCAUAGAGUUUUGUACAGCAGAUUAUUCAAAGGUCCACUUAACACAGCUUUUGGAAAAAGCAGAAGUGAUUUCAGGACGCAUGCUGAAGUUUUCCGUCUUUUAUCGGAACCAACACAAAGAAUACUUUGACUACGUCAGAGAGCAGUAUGGAAACGCACUGCAGCCUUCAGUCAAGGAUAACAGUGGCAGCCACGGCUCUCCGAUCAGCGGGAAGCUGGAAGGCAUCUUCUUUAGCUGCAACACCGAAUUCAACACCGGGAAGCCCCCGCAGGAUUCGCCUUACGGAAGAUACAGGUUUGAGAUCGCGGCGGAAAAACUGUUCAACCCCAAUACUAACUUGUACUUUGGGGACUUCUAUUGCAUGUACACGGCCUACCACUACGUCAUCCUCGUCAUCGCGCCCGCCGGCUCGCCGGGAGACGAAUUCUGUAAGCAGCGCCUCCCUCAGCUGAACUUGCGGGAUAACAAAUUCCUGACCUGCACCGAAGAAGGCGGGGUCAUGGUUUACCACCACGCACAGGAUGUAAUCUUGGAAGUGAUUUACACCGACCCCGUGGAUCUCUCACUUGGCACAGUCGCGGAAAUUACUGGGCAUCAGCUAAUGAGCUUGUCGACCGCGGAUGCCAAAAAAGAUCCCAGCUGCAAGACCUGUAACAUUAGUGUGGGGCGUUAAUGUCAAAGCCCCGCCCCUUUCUCCCUUAGGACCCACCUCCAUCGCUUAAUUCCGACCGUCAGCCGUUCUCAUCAGUCGCAUGCAUAACGCUGUUCUCUCCAAAAGCAAAAUCCAAUUCUUCAGCCGCCUCCUCUGGGCAGAACUGCACGCUACGGCCGACGCAGGGCAGUCCCCCCCCCCCGGAGGGUAUCCUGUGUCAAACUGUCCCCUCUCCUCUGCGGCUUACCCGAGUUGUGAUGCCUUCAUGCAGAACGUUGGCCUCACCCCUUUCCAAACCGUUUGGCUAAGCGUGCUGGAAAAAGGGCUCGUGAGCACAUCACAACCCAGUAAGUGCACUCCAACUGGGAGGCGAAGGGGUAACUGGACACAGGGAUGCCAUUUUCAGCAGUAGCCUUGCCAACUUUAGCAUGCGGGUUUGCCCUUGGAACCGCCUCCCACCUUUCCACCCUUUCUGGUCCACCAGUGCUUUUCAACAGUUAGAACUCUCAGAUCUUUCUUUAUAGCAACCAUUUAUAUACCUAGAUGCUGCAAUUGGUGUUUUAAAUUUUUUCUUCCUUUAUUUCUCUCUCUGUCUUUCUCUCUCCAUAUUGCCAAAUGUAACAAAAUCUAUAUGAAACAGCUUUUAGCAAAUAAAACUACAAGCUUCUAAAUGGUGUUUAAAUAUGUAUUCAUUUUAAUCUACUGAACAACUUAAAACUGGGAUCUCUCCAAACAGCAUGAAAGGUUGUAACUGCAGCAUGACUUAACUCUCGCAGCCUAGAAAAAUGUCAGCACUUCCAAUGUGUUGUUUGACAGUGUUAUUUAUGUUAUUUAUAUUAGCUAACAGGAAACAACAACGACGAGAAACCCUGUGUUUCAACUUAAUAGAAAAAUAUUUUAUUUGUACCGUUGUAUAAAAUAUUAUACAAUCAUAUAGAAUAUAUAGAUUACAUUUUAAUAGCAACUGUAUACAUAUGUCAUGAUUUUCCCCCUUAUCAAAGUUGUAGUUUGUAAACUUCAGAAUUCUUGUGUAUCUGUUCCUGUUGCUCUGACCUGACUUUUAAUUAAAACGGAUUUAUGAAGGA